AUGGGCAAGCCAUCGAAAAAUCUCGCCCAUCGACGGGUUGUCAAUGCUUGUGUGCGCUGCCGGCGGCAUAAGAUCAAAUGCUCGGGCAACGCACCCUGCAGCAAUUGCGAAAAUCGCCAAGCAACGUGCACCUUUGCAGGAGAGGAAACCAAGGUACAGAUAACAAAGCGACGGCUUGCCGAGCUAAAACGACGUGCAAAUGAGUUGGAAAGACAGAACCAAGCCCUGCAGCAACAAAUUCUAAAGAAAGAUCUUUCUCUCGACACUGCUGGUGACAUUACUGGCCAAACACCCAUUCCAAUCGAGCCGAAUGAUGACAGUCACUCACGUUUAUCAAGUCCUGGACUUGAAGAACCGCAAGACGAUUCAAAUGAAGCUGAAAUUGUCAAUCCGCUGUUGACUGAGAAGCCGCAAUAUGUUAUGGACAUUGCUGGAAACUCUCACUACCUCGGGCAUACAUCCAAUUGGUCCUUGACAAUGCGACUUCUUCAAAUGGCUCAUAAAGCUGUAUACAACUGUCCAUUCCCAAGUAACGCUCAUCAUAUUGAUUCAAUGACAUACGAUUUCGGGUGGAAUGGCCUGAGAAAUCCAAUCAUACCAGACGUUCGAGGACUCCCUUCUGCGGAUCAUGCGGUGUACCUUAUACAAGCCACAGAGUUCCACACUGGCCAACUAUUCCAUCUUUUUGAUAAAGCCUCGUUCAUGCGGCAACUUCAUUGGUUUUAUGAGAACCCAGAACAGAAUAUUCAGGCUGCGGGGCUGUGGUUUAUUCACUUCUUAACCAUUAUAUCUUUGGGGAAAGCGUUUACAGGAACUAGAAAUAAAGGCAAUGCCCCUCCUGGGGCUGAUACCUUUGCAAAGGCGUUUAUGUUACUCCCAGAUUAUUGCUACAUUUGGAAAAGCCCAUGCGAAGCCUGCGAGCUUCUAUGCACUAUGGCAUUAUAUCUCCAAUGUAUCGACUGGAGGACCUCCGCUCAUAACAUGAUCAGCCAAGCACAGCGGAUACUGACAGUCCAUGGCUUCCACGUGAAUAUCAAUGCAAGGUCGUAUGACGAAACUGAAUUGACUCGGCGUCGCUACCUUUGGUGGACAGUGUUCAUCCUCGAGCGCCAAUUCUCUGUUCUGAUGGGGACGCCUCUUGGAAUGAGCGAUCAGGAAAUCACUGCCCCACUUCCAUACUUUCCCGAUUCGCAGUUCAAAUCAGCCACGGCUCGAAUCCAUGUCAAACUAUCGCAGGCUAUUGGUCGCGUAGUCAAGGCUCUUUACCGCAAAAGUGAUUCUUUGAAGUUUGACCUGCUUAAGACUACCCAAGAAGUCCUCCAGAGCGCGGCAAGUGUUGCAUGUGACAUUCGUACAUAUUUCCCUGUCCCAGAGCAAGAUGCUAUGAGUGGAAUCUCAAGAGUUGCAGGAUAUAUGAAUCUUCUUUAUCAUCAGCAGAGCGUUUGUAAAAUCCUGGACAAGAUGAUUGAAGAGGGCAAUCUCAUUGCGGUGGAUCAGAAAACUGAAUUUAUGCACCUCCAAGCCUUAUUUUCGGAGCUUCAAUCUCCAGAACUUGAGUUUCAACCGAACGAAUCAUUGCAACAGCCGGAUACCGAGUCUCACACACGGUACUUCAAUGAGGCGCUCCAGAGAGCCACCGAGCAGCAGCUAUCGGAUUUUAGAGGCCCAGAAUUUGAUAAAAGCCCUGGUUCCCUGGAGACAGAGCCCUUCACAGAAGGUAGUACUUGGGCCGACAGAAUCUCUCCGUCUCAGUUGAUGGAUGUCGUGGAAAUGCUAGAUGCAGACGAUUUACUGAAUUGGCCUUUACCACUAGCCAACGAGCCAUAUUCUCUGCAUGUGUAA